AUGUUCAAUUUGCUUCAAAAAGCUCACAGAUUUCAUCACACGGUGUCGUUUUUCUCUGGCAUCAUCGAUCAGUGUUCUUCUCUUAAAAGCCCCUCAAAUUCUUUGAAAUUAGUACACGCGCAGUUGGUAAAAGUUGGCUUGAAUUUCUCAAAUAUAUACCUGGGCAAUCGAUGCAUCGAUCUCUAUUUCAAAUCGGGAUCACCGAAAGAUGCUGUGAAGGUGUUUGAUGAUAUGGCCAGCAAAAAUAUCUUUUCUUGGAACUUAUACUUGAAAGUCCUGGUGAAAUGUUUCGACAUGGCGACGGCGCGUCGGGUGUUCGACGAAAUGCCUGAACGAGAUGCUGUGAGUUGGAAUACGGUCAUAUCUGGGUAUGUUUCAAGCGGGUUUCGUGAUAGUGCGUGGGAAGUUUUUGUGGAGAUGAGGGAGCGUGGGGUUGGGCCGACUGAGUUCACUUUUUCAUUGUUGUUGUGUUGUGUGAAAUGUAGGGAUCAUGCUAAGGAGAUGCAUUGUCGCAUUGUGAAGAAUGGUGGGUGUUAUUCUAACUUGGUGGUGGGGAAUUCAUUGAUUGAUAUGUAUGGGAAGCUUGGCCUUGUCGAGUAUUCUCUUGCUGUGUUUUGGAGUAUGGAGAGAGUGGAUGUGAUUUCAUGGAAUGCUAUGAUUUCUGGUUGCUGUAAAUCGGGUUAUGAGCGUUUUUCUUUGCAUCUGUUCUGUGUGAUGAGAAGUAGUGGUUUCGAGGUAGACGAAUAUACGGUCUCUGCAGUGCUUACUGCUUGCUCCAACUUGCGGAAUUUGGAGAAGGGUAAGCAGAUGUUUUGUUUUUCUACUAAGAUGGGAUUUCUUGGGAAUGCGGUUGUUUGUAGUGCAGCUAUUGAUCUGUUCUCAAAAUGCAACAGACUGGGAAGUGCGUUGCGUGUUUUUAAGGAAUCAUAUGUGUGCGAUUCAGCUAUGUACAAUGCUAUGAUCGCGUGCUAUGCUAAUCACAAUAUGGAGGAGAAUGCUUUUGAUCUUUUUGUUUAUUCUUUGAGGGAAAGUAUUAGGCCAACAGAUUUCACACUCAGCUCUGUUCUUCACUCUGCUGCUGUGUUUGUUCCAGUAGAGCAAGGUAGUCAGCUUCAUUCGCUCGUGAUCAAAACAGGGUUUGAAGCGGAGGCAAUUGUGGCGAGUUCACUUGUGGAAAUGUAUAAUAAAUAUGGGUUAGUCGAGUUUGCCUUGAAAAUUUUCUCGAAAAUGGCUUCUAGAGAUUUGAUAGCAUGGAAUACUAUGAUACUGGGAUUGGCUGAUAAUGGAAAACUAUUCGAAGCUAUUGAACUUUUUGAGAAACUUCUUGAAAGUGGUUUACAUCCUGAUCAGAUUACAUAUUCUGCGGUUCUUUCAGCUUGCAGCUAUGGUGGAUUGCUCGAGGAAGGCAUGGCUGUCUUCUCCUUCAUGCUGCAGCAGCAGCGGGGAGUAGUUCCGAUAAAUGAGCAUUAUACUUGUGUAGUGAAUAUGAUGAUUCAAUCUGGCUUGAUUAACGAAGCAAUUGAUUUCUUGUACUCGUUGCAAUGGGAACCUGAUUCUCGUAUAUGGGAAUCCCUUCUCCUUGCUCGUGGGGAUUAUGAGAAUCUAGAGCUGAUAGAAGCCAUUGCAGACGGAUUGAUGGAGUUGGAACCUCACUCGUCUCUUCCUUACUUGAUUUAUUUGGCUAACACUUAUGAGCAACGAGGUAGAUGGGAAAGCGUUGUUCGGCUGAGGAGGAAGAUGGAAAAGGUGACCAGAAAGGAAGUAGCUGACAUCAGUUGGAUUGGUAUAAAAGGAUAUUCAUUUGAGGCGAACCCAACGUUUCAUCAUAGUAGGGAGAAUGUUUGGUCGAUUUUGGGAUUUUUAAAGCAGGAUAUGUCGACUGGAGAUGAUAACGUGUUCAUCAACUGAUGGGAGAUCGCGUUUGAGAGGAAUGAUUGGAUGGAAAGAAGAGAUAGUACUCUACUACUCUGCUAUUUUGAUUCCGCGUCUGCCUUGUCAAUAUCAUCAGUAUCCUCUGAUGAUUCCCAACCAAUCAUCGGUAAAUAAAGUUUAUUGCAGGCAGACAACUUGUAUCUUUGUGGCUGAGAUUAUCGAAAGGGUUCAAAGAACCGUUUGCUUGCCAGACGAAGAGAAGGAAACCAAGGUCAGCCAAAAUACGAAACAAUAUCUCAAAAUUCACUGUUUUGGUGCAGAGUGGAAACGUUAUUCUGCCCGACAGAUAAAUUUGAGAACCCUUCUGAUGUCUAUGUUUAUCGGCCAGCUUAUUUCCUCAAGCAACUGAGAUCAGCUGGAUUUCGUUCGUGUGCAAAGACAGUUACACUUCCACAGAGACGAGGAGAGAGUACUAAGUAUUUCAACAAGAAAUAUCUAUUUUUUUCUGCUGAAUUGUUCAACAUAGUUUACUCCAAGUUCAUGCUAGAAUGAUCAUUUUCUUGUAAAUGUAGAGUCUUUUGUCUGAUUCAUUGGUAUUUUGUUGUGUAUGUUUAUCUGUAUAUUGGAAUACAAAAUUAUGUAUGUAUAGAGCUCAUAUUUAUUUUAUAUUGAUGAGAUGAUGA